CAAUGUGCGCCAGUUAAACAUGGACGUGCUUCGAAGAGGAUCCAGAGAGGGAGGAAAAGAAAAUAGUCAUUGGCUGAUGUGGCUAGUGAGUAGUAUGUGUCCUUAUAAUGAAUAAAAUAACGUAGGAAUGGUCAUAUGAGCUAUGCAACUUGAUGUGGGAGUCGAAUUCAGAACAUAGGAAGAUCUGCACUGGCGCGUCAAGGCUCCUCAGUGCCACGUCAAGGCUCCUUAGUUUUACGCCGGUGCCGCAUCACAUACGCGUCACGCAGCGUCAAAUUAGCUACGCCCUAGAUAAAGCCAAGUGGCUUCCUCGGCCCUUGAAGACAUAUAAGUAGGAUAUGACUUGCUCAUGGUACCAAGGACACUUCCAUUCCGCCUUACAUUCAGUAUCAACGGAUUAACCAUGGCUUCUGACACCAUCGGCACCCUCAACUACUUCGUCGCUCCACUUGACGGCUCUCUGCCUUACCGCAAUAGAUUCAACGCAGAUAGCACCAUGGAAAAACCGGCCCGCAACUGGACCCAGGAGCCGCAUGAUAUGCAAAUCGAGGACGUGCGGGGGAAGGAGGAACUUUACAAGCUUGACAAUGCCGGAUUUCAGUAUGGACGAGAAGCAGCGAAGCAUACCAGCUUCUUGAAUGAUGAUGAGAUUGAGCGCGAAUACUACCCCGAGGGUAUCGACCUCAUCAAGAGGGUUACGGGAGCGACCAGCAUUGUCAUCUUCGAUCACCAUAUUCGUCGUCAUUGCCCAGGCGAGUCAGGCGAUAACCCACAGAAACUUCAACCAAUCUCCUCGGUUCAUGUGGACCAAACGACUGCGUCGUCCAUUGCUCGUGUUCAUACGCAUCUCCCGCCAACAGAAGCUCCUUCCCUCCUUCGCAGACGCUUCCAACUCAUAAACCUUUGGCGGCCUAUAUCGCAUGCAGCUGUAGACUGGCCGGUUGCACUAUGCGACUUCCGCAGUGUCGAUUUCGAGAAAGACUUGGUCCCUGUCGCUCUUAUAUACUCUGACCGUGAGAGUGAGACAUUUGCAGUCAAAUACAACCCAAACCAUCAGUGGAAAUACAUGAAGGCAAUGACCCCGGAAGAGUUUGUUCUUAUCAAAUGCUAUGACUCGAUACAAGAUGGUAGUGUUGCGAGGUUGACCCCUCAUACUGGGUUCCAAGACCCGAACACUCCAGAGGGAACGCCGCUUCGGGAAUCCGUCGAGCUGAGAGCUCUGGUAUUCUAUGAUUAGAAGACGUAUUGUCAAGUAGCGUUAAGAAUUGACGAAGAACUCGUACCGCGUUUCGUUGCUAUAUCUGUGUGUAUUUGUACUCUGCCG